UGGAAUCAGAAAAAAUAUAUGCCUUAAACUUUGAUUAUUUUAGUUAUAAGAUGACAUAACCGCUUUGUGUAGAAUUGCUGGCUCGGUACAGUAGAACAGAUAAGGGCAAGUGUUUGUUCUUUGUAACUCUUCUGCAAAUGCUUCGCUCACCACGGCCUUGAAGGUAGAAAAAAAAAGUAUGUACAAAGUAGAUUUCCAGGUGCAAGAAGGAGGUUUGUGAACUAACCCCACCUCCCCCAUAAUUCCCAUCCUGAUAACAGCAAAGAAAUAAUGAAGUAAUAUUAUAGCCGCUUUUCAUGCUAAUUUCACUAUAUGAUCACGUGAGUUGUAAGCGACUGUUAAAAAGUAUAUAAGCCUCCUGAUUUUGCUCUUGGGGGGGGGACCCCUUCCAAGUGCUUGGGAAAUCCAUGUCACUUUGGAACUCCCCCUACAGCUGUAGUUUCUUUUGAAUAAAAGCUUCUGCUGACCUGACCCAAAAGUACUCUGCGUGUGUUUCCACGACAAUUCCUGGUGCCGUGACUCGGAUCCAGAACACAGGCUGAGGAAGGAGGACCGCAGGCUACCCCCCCCCCGAACCCUGAGGCGCCAAACUUGAGAGGUCCAAGAAGCCUUACCUCAACCACCGGAUGUUCCCUGUCACAACCUCGAACCAGGGGAUUGGAUCUACGUAAAGGUCUAUCAACGGAAAAACGCACUUCAACCCAGAUGGAAAGGACCUUUCCAGGUACUUCUAACCACUAAUUCUGCUGUUCGUUGCCAAGGUCACCAAACGUGGACUCACGCCUCGCACUGCAAGAAGGUAUCACCUCCAUUGGACCCCGAAGCAGCUGUAUUCCAACCAAGGUUGGGAUCUUUCCCUGAGGCCAAGGACAAAGACCCUCAGGACCUCACUCAGGCAAGUGAGGAGCAUCAGGGUGCAAGUGCUAGUAACCUCUCCCCUGCACCCAACACCUCAGCCCAGCCGGAUUCAUCAGUUGAAGAACGAAGAUAUCAUCUUUGGCCUCGAAGAAAGUGAAUGCUCCCAUUCGGAAGAUCACCACCUCGAUCAAGACCAAGAGCCGACAUUAUCAGUCCUUUAGGUAACUUGAGCCCAGAGGACGAAGAAAGACUUUGGCUGCCAUCCUGGGUUUGGCUGGUAGUGUUCUUUUUCUUACUGGUGCUGGUUAUGUUUGUUGUUAAGAUUCUUUGUCCCUCCUGUAUCUAAAAAUGGCACUGAUAUCCUUAUAUAUCACACUUGGGUAUCUCAGUAUCACCCAAGGGGGGUGGGAGAAAAAUUUGUAUUUGCAGAUCUCCCAUGCGGUGGCUCAAGCUGGAAAUAAAAGUGACUGCUGGAUAUGCUCUCACAGCCCAGCACACCUACACCAAGGAAUCCCAAUGAUCGGAGUACCAAUAUCCCUCCAGCAAUGGGGAACAAUAAACGGCGGCUUCGUUAGACACUACUCGUUAGCUGCCCAUCGGUCCGCUCCUAAAGAAUGGAGGGCCGCCCCUGCUAACUGGAUAAUCUCCCCAAGAGUAGAGGCGCCUUUCUGUUACAGAUCCAACAACACCGGAGCUUAUAAUAAAGCCACACCUGUAGGACACUACCCUCAUUGCCUAACUACUCUAGAUUAUAGCCCUAGUAGCACCAGUGGAAUCCUGUUGGGUAACGUACCCUCUCUCAAUUGUACAGGAUUCAUGGUCUACAACUUUUCUAAGGAACCUCAUGUUGCUCUCAUUGCAAACAGAUCGGAAUUUUACAUUCACUCCAAUUUUACUUCUUGUAAUAUAUCUCGGUCCAGCAGGAUAGCAGCUGAACGUGGACCGUCCUAUACGAUGCAUAUCAAUCGAAAGUGCCGGAUAGGGCACAACAACUGUCGAGAUUUGAGUACCCUUUCUGCCCCAGGCCUUUACUGGCUCUGCGGAAACAGGGCUCAUAAAAUCUUGCCCUGGAAUUGGGUGGGGGCAUGCACUCUUGGACGUGUUAUCCCUGGUUUCGAAAUGCAUAGUGCAAUAUAUCUGGAACAAGUAAAAAAUUUCAACCAUCACAUGAAAAGGGCAGUUAACCCCUUAGCUACCAGAAACACAGGGUUCCAUCGAUUUGUGAGAACCUUCAUACCGUGGCUUGGAGUAAGAGAAUUGGAACUAGCCAUAAUUAACAUUUCAGCCACAAUGGAAGCUAUGGGAAAUGCCACUGCGGAUGCAAUUCAGGCUCUGCAAAAAGAGAUCUCCCAGAUCUCACAAGUAACUAUACAACACCGCAUAGCCCUAGAUUACCUAUUGGUAUCCCAGGGAGGAGUAUGUGCCUUAGUAAACUCCACCUGUUGUGUCUAUGUCAAUCAGGACAUGCGAAUCGAAACUGACAUUCGCAAAAUCCGAAAUCAGUUAAGGGUCCUACAUCAAGUGGCCUCAGAAAAUACUGACUGGGGUCUAGAAGAAAUGUGGUCUUGGCUAACCUCCUGGCUCCCAGAUUUCGGGGCCCUUGGCAAGAAAAUCCUGUAUGGAAUAUUGUUUGUCUUGAUAGUUCUGAUAAUGUUCUAUGUCUUAAUGCAACUGAUCCUCUGCUGCGUGAAAGCCAGCAGGGGAAGCUUUAGCAAGGCAAGAAAACCCACAGCAGAGUCUAGAAUAAUGGUGUUACAAAAGUGUGAGCAGAUUGAAAGAAAACAUGAAAGGCUGCAUGAUGAAAUAGAGGGGCUCAUGAGAAUGGAAAUUUAAGGCUAAAGUGAGACUAAAUAGUCUCAAAGGGGGGGGGGCUGUGGAAUCAGAAAAAAUAUAUGCCUUAAACUUUGAUUAUUUUAGUUAUAAGAUGACAUAACCGCUUUGUGUAGAAUUGCUGGCUCGGUACAGUAGAACAGAUAAGGGCAAGUGUUUGUUCUUUGUAACUCUUCUGCAAAUGCUUCGCUCACCGCGGCCUUGAAGGUAGAAAAAAAAAGUAUGUACAAAGUAGAUUUCCAGGUGCAAGAAGGAGGUUUGUGAACUAACCCCACCUCCCCCAUAAUUCCCAUCCUGAUAACAGCAAAGAAAUAAUAAAGUAAUAUUAUAGCCGCUUUUCAUGCUAAUUUCACUAUAUGAUCACGUGAGUUGUAAGCGACUGUUAACAAGUAUAUAAGCCUCCUGAUUUUGCUCUUGGGGGGGGACCCCUUCCAAGUGCUUGGGAAAUCCAUGUCACUUUGGAACUCCCCCUACAGCUGUAGUUUCUUUUGAA